ACUACUACUGCUACUACUACUACUACUACUACUACUACUAGCGCUAUGCCAACCAAGACCGCGGGCAACCAUAGUUCCACAAUUACUUCCUCUCUUUCAGAAGACAAUGAAGCGACUACUACAGUGCAUGAUUCAACUUCUUCCAGUACCAGUUCUACUUCUACGUCUGAUCGAGGCGUCUAUAAUAAAUCUUCCGCUCACUCAUCGAAUGAAGAAACUACCACCACUACUACCUCAUAUGACUCUAGCACAAGUACUACAGCUUCUGAGUCCAAUACAACAGAGGCCUCAUCAGAAACAAAAGGCUCCUCUAAUGACACUACGACUACUACUAGUAGCUUAACAGUAACUACUACAACAUCUUCUACAGAAAGCCCUGCUGGUACUACUACUACUACCUCAUCUACAACACAUGGUGAAGACAAUAGUGCAUCAAGAACUGCUACAGAUACUAAUUCAGCUACUCAUAAAUCAACUUCCGAGUCAAAGACUGAAGCAGAUGUCUCGAAGACAAAGACCACUACAACUCCUACAACUACCACGACAACAACUACUACUACCACUACCACUACCACUACC